AUGACAGUCGAUACUACAGUAAGCAACAAGAUCAUUUGCGAUCUUGAGAAGAAUCGCGCGGAGGAGUUAGAGAAAAUAUUGAAACCCGCUCUGGAGCUAGUGAUCAACCAUGUUAAGGAUACUGAUGCCGGCAAGAAGAAUAUAGGUCCAAGAUUUGAAGAUCCCAAGGAACUAUGCGGCAUUUUAGAUUUGGAUCACCUGGAAAAUCUAUUUGACAGAUCGAUCAAGAAGGAUGCAAACGAUCCCGCGGGAGAGAUAGUCGCUGUAUUUGAGAAAGUGCUUAAUAAUUCAGUUAAUACCUGGCACACAGGCUUUAUGGAUAAACUCUAUGCCUCCACAAACCCCGUGGGUAUGCUUUCGGAUCUUCUUCUUUCUGUUUUAAAUACCAAUUCUCAUGUCUUCACCGUGUCACCUGCAAUUACUGUGAUCGAGCUCAAGGUUGCACAGAAAUAUGCUUCGUUAUUCGGAUUUACUGGUCCUAAAGCCGGUGGUUUGACGUUCAAUGGCGGUUCUUGGUCUAAUAUUACCAGUUUACAAAUGGCACGUAGUUUGUUGUUUCCUGAAACCAAAUUGAAUGGUAAUUUUGGUAAGAGAUUUGCCAUUUAUACCAGCGUCCACGCACAUUAUAGUAUUGAGAAGGCCGCUAUUCUUCUCGGACUUGGUGCAAAUGCUGUGUUUAAAAUUCCAGUUGAUUCCAGGGGAAGAAUGUGUGUGGAUUCGUUGCAGGAGACUAUAGAGAAGUCCAUUAUGAGUGGAUUUACACCUCUUUAUGUGAGUGCUACCGCUGGAACCACCGUGUUCGGAUCGUUUGAUCCAUUUGAGGAGAUCGCCAAAGUUGCCAAAAAGUACCAUAUUUGGUUUCAUAUCGAUGGAUCCUGGGGAGGCAAUGCCAUCUUCAGUACCACUAGAAAACAGCUAUUGAAGGGGUCAGAACUUGCAGACUCAAUCACUUCCAAUCCUCAUAAAAUGCUUGGUGUUCCUACGACGUGCUCGUUUUUGCUAGUACCAAACAACAGAGUGUUCACUCAAGCCAACUCAUUACUUGCACCAUAUCUUUUCCAUAAUGUGGUAGACGAAAACGAGAAUUAUGACUUGGCUAAGGGUACUAUGGGUUGUGGACGACGUGCAGAUGCCGUCAAGUUCUAUUUUGGAUGGCUUUGGUAUGGUACCAAGGGCUAUACCGAAAGAGUGGAUCAUGCCUACGAUAUUGCCGAGUACUUUGCCGAUCGGAUAUCUGGGAUGCCAGGAUUUAAGAAUGUUUCUGAUAACCCUCCUCCAUGUCUUCAAGUAUGCUUCUACUACAAUCCUACUCCGGACAUGAAGUGUUCAGGAUCCGAAAUGACAAAGAUUACCAGAUAUAUCGCACAUAGCUUGCACUCUUCUGGAGAAUUCCUCAUCGAUUUUGCCCCUAAUCCUAACGAUUCUGUAUCCGGAGAGGAUCAUGGAGAAUUCUUUAGGGCAGUGUUCAAUUCACCGAUGAUAACAAGUGAUACUGUGGAUGAACUCAUCCGGAAGAUUGUCGAAUUUGGCGAGCAGUGUUCGUAA